GUGUCUGAACCCGGAAGUAAUUCAGUUCGCUUCAGCUAACUAGCAAUAAACUCUUCUGGGGCGAAAGGUGUAAAAGUAAAGUUUGUUUUAGUUAAAAUUAUGAGGGCAGCUACUGUCCAGGUGUUUCCUUCCCUUGUCCGGUAAAUUGAAAGUCGGAACCCAGUUGUGUCGCUGAUAUGAGAGGAGGAAGAACUUGUAUUUCUAUCCGUCAAACAGAUAUAUAACACAAACAACAGAUGCCAGCAUAACGACGCAAACUGUCUGGAAUGUCUUGAAAAUAAUAUGAACUGCUAAUAAAGGUAUGCUGUAAAAAUGAUUUUGUUAAGGCUGUGUGACAGGCAGUGAUAGGCUUGUGAAGUUAUGCCGAGGUUAUGGAAAGUUUAAUUAAUUUUGCUGAAGAGCAGCAGCCUUCACCUGUGAUGACGAACUCCUGGUCAAAACAGGAAGCUGGCAAGAGUGAAAUGCCAAAAUAUGCUGGUGGAUUUGUCCUGGUGCAUGCAGGAGCUGGAUACCACUCCGAAUCUAAGGCAAAGGAAUAUAAGCAUGUGUGUAAAAGGGCCUGCCAGCGGGCUGUAGACCAGUUGAGAGCAGGAGCACUUGCGGUGGAGGCUGUGACUGCUGCUCUGGUUGAACUAGAGGAUUCUCCUUUUACAAAUGCUGGCAUGGGCUCCAACCUUAAUCUGUCAGGGGAAAUUGAAUGUGAUGCAAGUAUCAUGGAUGGGAAGUCGCUUCAUUUUGGUGCAGUCGGAUCCAUUAGUGGUAUUAAAAACCCAGUCCUAGUUGCAAACUGUCUCCUGACUGAAGCACAGAAAGGGAAGCUCUCAGCGGGCAGAAUACCACCCUGCUUUUUGGUGGGGCGAGGGGCACAUGAUUGGGCGAUCAGCCACGGAAUACCUCCAUGCCCUUCAGAGAAAAUGGCAACUAAGUUCAGUUUAUCUGCCUACAAGAGGAACAAGCGAAAGAUGGAGAUGGCAGAGAAAAUGGACGCAGGACAAAACCAGGAAAAGAAAAGACGACAAUCAAGUGAAAACGAAAACGGCUCAGGGUGCCUGGACACAGUCGGAGCAGUUGUGGUCGACUCGGAGGGGAACGUAGCUGCAGCCGUGUCCAGUGGAGGCCUAGCUAUGAAACAUCCCGGCAGGGUUGGACAGGCUGCUCAUUAUGGAUGUGGCUCCUGGGCUGAAAACGCCUGUAACAUGAACUCUUACUCUGCAGCAGUGAGUACCUCAGGGUGUGGAGAGCAUCUGAUACGCACCAUGCUGGCUCGGGAAUGCUCCGCUGCCAUGCAGUCUGAAGAUGCCCACCAAGCACUGCUGGAGGCUAUGCAAAACAAGUUCAUCAAUGACAGAGGAGGUCCAGAGCCUGAUCAACGAAUAUAUGUGGACUUCAGACAGACAUCCAAUAGGAAAAAAGAAUAUGGCUCACCGUUUCUGGUCAGUGAAGAUCGUGUUCUGGGUGGAGUUAUUGUCUUGAGAUGCUGCAGAUGUGUGGAAGCACAGCCGUCUCCAAAUAUUCAAGGUGCAAUGGUGGAGUUCCUAUGGAGUCACACCACAGAGAGCAUGUGUGUUGGCUACAUGUCUGCCCAAGACAGCAAAGCAAAGACGCACAUAUCCAGAUUGCCUCCUGGAACUGUUCCUGGCAAGUCUUUGGCCAUUGAGGGAGGGGUGUGUCGGUUGACGGGCAUAGUGGAUUGAACCACGUUUCCUGCUCGCUCUAUCUUCUUCUGAGCUUCCUUAGCAAUACUCCUAUACAAACUCAGAAAAUGCACAUCCAUGUACGCACUUCCAUGCACUCAUACACAUGUACAGCUCCUCCAACUUCCCACAACCUUUGCGAUGCCAGAGAUAAUAAGCUUUCGUUGUUUGAACAGGUGUUCAGGAUGACAUGAGGAGCAUUAGCUACUACUUAGUGCACUUAUAGGACUUCCCUUUGCCAUUGCCGACCUCCAGUAUGCACUCUAUGCCAGUUUACCCUUCAAGCUCUCCAGUGUCACCUGGAUUAAACUUGAUGCGUCAUUAUGUUGAUUCACCGUUAUUUUUCUUUGAUACUUUUUUCCAGCUGAACAACACAUCCUUCCUUUUGUACAUAAGCUAUAAUCUUGGGAAACAGGGUGGAUGUUAUAUUGUGUUGCUGCAGAGAUGUGAUUAUUUUCACAUUUUUAUCAACUUCAAAUCAAAGAGCUUUUCUGUUUGUUUUCAAAUGACAGUGGAUGAAAUAUGUACAAUUGCACCUUUUGGAACGCCUGCCUCAAGACGUUUGCUUGGUAUAAUUUAGAGCUUUGAGUUUUACCAUUAAUAAUGAAAAUACAGUAGUUUAGUAUAUACCCACUUAAAUCAGCCUCCAUAUUCCUGUUAAUACUUCGACAUUAUUUAAAAUAUAGCGUAAUGUGAAUUUUCAAUCUGGAUUUUUUUUAAAUAACCAUUUCAGACCUAGGAUGUUUUGCUUCUUUUAGAAUAUAAAUACAUAAAUUAUGCAUGUUGAAACUUUACAGUGAGUCAGUUUCUCUUACCUGGCAGUUAGAGAGUUGAUCUAUGAGGAGGAAGCUGUGCACAUCCAGGGUGAUGACUGUUACUUAUCCUUUUACAAAUCAAAUUUUAUUUUUCCACUGCCUCACUGGCAAUGAAGUUGUAUUUUCUGGCAGGAAGCCCAUGAAAUGGUGCUGUUGAACUGUACUUGAAAAGGAUGACUGUCUGAACUAACUACAUUAGGAUAAUAGGGAUUUUUUGAUUUUAAUUUUUCUCUUAGUAAGAAUUUCAAACAUGACAAAACUCCAAUUAAUUUCUACAUAGAAAUGACAUUAUUGUGGAAUUGUAUAAGCUUUAGAAACCCAAUACAUGCCACACUGCAGUGCUGAGAAACUCAAUAAAAUUUACCUUGCUAGA